GCAAAAAUGCCUUUUUUAAUAAAAACCGAAUUAAAACGUUUGUACAAACGAUUUGGCCACCCCUUUGUUAAGCGCUUUUGGCAUAUGCUUAACCAAAUAAACCAUCGAACAAAUUGCAACGCUUUGCAAAUAAUUAAUUGGAUAUGCCACCAUUGCCAAACCACAAAUUCCGCCCCGCAACGCUUUAAAUUUAUGCUUAAAAAUAACCUUUUAAACGCUGCUGGUUUAACAUUUACUUUGGCCCGCUUAAUAUGGUAUUUUACAAUGCAAAAACCAAUUUUGCUGCAAACGAAUUCCAAGCAAAAGCAAAGCUUUUUGGAAUUACUUGCUAUUAAGUUUUUAUAA